AUGUCAAGAGCAACAUCGGAUGAUCAACUGAAAUUCCUCCUGAGCUGUGUCAGACAUUCCAACAACGGAAGGGUGGACUUUGUGGAAGUUGCAAAAGAGUGCGGCGUCGUCAGCAAGGGAGCAGCAGCCAAACGCUAUGAACGACUCUUGAAAGCCAAUGGAAUCCAUCCAAAUGGGGUUCAAGCCGACAGCAUUUCUCCAAAGACCCCAGCCCCCAUGAAGCACAAGCGGAAAGACUCCCUUGGGAAAGUCACCUCGGCAAAGAAGCGCAAGAUCGAGAAUACCAGCCCGCGUCCCAAGAGCAGUGAGAAGGAGUCCGCCCAAAAGCCAUCAGCAAUGUCAAAGCGUCCUCAACCUGAAGCAUUGGUCCGUGAAGUUCUCCCCGCCAUCUCAGGCCCGACAGGCAUGCCUCCACCACCCCCUUCGUUCUUUCCGCGAGCCAUGCAGGGCUAUAUGCCUCCGAGUCCGGGGACAAGGCCAAUAUUUCCGCCAUACCUGCCUCUUGGACACACUUCUGCCGGAUCACUCUCCCCUGGAAUGCGCGUACAUGCUCCUUUCGGACUUCCUGUGGGCACCCCCAUGUCGUUCGCGGCACCGCAGUGCAGUCUCCCCGAUGGGCUCGACAAAUUCAACAAUCAAGAAAUGUUCUUUCAGCCGCAAUCAUUACCCCUGAGCAUGCAGUCACCUAUCUCCAAUGGGCCAUUGCGAAUGACUCUGCCACCGCAGCCCCAAGAGAUUGAACUUCUGCGUCAGCCUAGGAUAACUCCGGCCCCAAAUAGUGCACGAGAGAAGCAGUCGGCAGGCCAUUUUGUUAUUGUGGAGUGA